CCCGCUCGCGGAGGCCGCGCUGCGCGCCGGGUGGCGGCGAGGCCGGAAGAUGGCCUGGGUGCUCAAGAUGGACGAAGUGAUCGAGUCCGGGCUGGUGCACGACUUCGACUCCAGCCUCACGGGCAUCGGGCAGGAGCUGGGCGCCGGCGCCUACAGCAUGAGUUCAAGAAGUAAAUUUGUGGUGCUGAACUCGAAAAAAAAAAUUCAAGAUUUAUUUACUACACCUGAGAAGAGAGUUUCACAUGAGACACAGAAACAACUCUACAUGCAAGCCUGGUGCUCUACCAGUUGAGCUAUUUCUUCAGCAGCUAACACUUGAAUUUACUAGAAGUGAUGUCUUGGCAUUACCCAUUUUCAAGCAAGAAGAUUCCAGCCUCCCUCUGGAUGACGAAACUAAACACCCACCCUUCCAGUAUGUGAUGUGUGCUGCAACGUCCCCUGCAGUAAAACUGCACGAUGAAACGCUCACUUACUUGAACCAAGGUCAGUCUUAUGAAAUUCGGAUGCUGGAUAAUCGGAAAAUGGGAGAUAUGCCUGAGAUCACUGGCAAGUUGGUAAAGAGCAUCAUAAGAGUUGUAUUCCAUGACAGACGGCUACAGUAUACAGAGCAUCAGCAACUUGAAGGUUGGAAAUGGAAUCGCCCAGGAGACAGACUUCUCGAUUUAGAUAUUCCAAUGUCAGUGGGAAUUAUUGACACGAGGACAAAUCCAGGCCAGUUAAAUGCAGUUGAAUUUCUGUGGGACCCUGCAAAACGGACAUCUGCUUUCAUUCAGGUACACUGCAUCAGCACAGAAUUUACUCCACGUAAGCAUGGAGGUGAAAAGGGAGUGCCUUUUAGGAUUCAGGUUGAUACCUUUAAACAGAAUGAAAACGGAGAAUACACAGAUCACCUACACUCAGCUAGCUGCCAAAUCAAAGUUUUUAAGCCUAAAGGUGCAGACAGGAAACAAAAAACAGAUCGAGAGAAGAUGGAGAAGAGAACUGCUCAUGAAAAAGAAAAGUAUCAGCCAUCCUAUGAUACCACAAUCCUCACAGAGAUGAGGCUUGAGCCUAUAAUUGAAGAUGCAGUUGAACAUGAGCAGAAAAAGUCCAGCAAGCGGACUUUGCCAGCAGACUACGGUGAUUCUCUGGCAAAGCGAGGCAGUUGUUCUCCAUGGCCCGAUGCCCCCACAAACUAUGUGAAUAAUAGCCCUUCUGCAGCACCCACAUUCACCUCCCCACAACAGAGCACUUGCAGUGUCCCAGACAGCAAUUCUUCUUCCCCAAAUCAUCAGGGAGACGGAGUUUCACAGGUUUCUAGUGAACAACUUCAGCCUUCAGCCACAACCCAGGAAACACAACAAUGGCUGCUUAAAAACAGAUUUUCUUCCUACACAAGACUGUUUUCCAAUUUUUCAGGUGCCGACUUAUUAAAACUGACAAAGGAGGAUCUAGUACAAAUUUGUGGUGCAGCCGAUGGAAUUCGGCUCUAUAAUUCACUGAAGUCCAGGUCGGUUAGGCCCCGCUUAACCAUCUAUGUCUGCCAGGAGCAGCCAAGCAGCUCACCACUGCAAGGGCAGCAGCAGGCUCCCAGCAGUGGAGGCGAGAAUGGCAGUGGGACACCUUACGUUUAUCAUGCAAUCUACUUAGAAGAAAUGGUGGCCUCAGAAGUCGCUCGAAAACUUGCAUUGGUCUUUAAUAUUCCUUUCCACCAAAUUAACCAGGUUUACAGACAGGGUCCUACUGGUAUUCACAUUCUUGUUAGUGACCAGAUGGUUCAGAACUUUCAAGAUGAGAGUUGUUUUUUAUUCUACACAGUAAAAGCUGAAAAUGGUGAUGGUAUCCACAUAAUUUUGAAGUGAUGUCUUACGUAGUCUGAACUAUAUUCAGUACCAAAUAAAGUCACGCUUAAAAGUGUGUGAAGACUGAAUCCAAGAAGUCUUGGGAUUGGAUUUUACCGUAUGAAAUGUUUCAUAUUGAAAACACAAGAUGACCUUUCUAAUGAGCUGUAUGGGAGGCAAAUCUCCUCAGUAUCACUGCCAUAGCCAAGCCUCCUCGUGAGGGUGUGCACGUUGGGACAGCAUGCGUGCAGCUUGGGAGGCCAUGGUGUAGGCCCGGCCGCCUGCUUCUCUGGCAGAGGCCAGUAGAUACAGUUCCUAGAAACAGCCUUUGCUGUCUUUUUACACUGUACGCUGUUUGGAAAUGAAUGUAAAGACGUACUUGGGCAUUUACCUUUCUGUGCCAGUUUGGCUUUUAUUGCCUGAACCUUCUGCUGACCUGGGGCAGGGACAGUGUUUUGGAGCCAGUAUGGAAGCUGUCUGGAGAGCUGCAAUGGACUGACGAGAGGAUCAGUGGUCAGGUAAGAGGCUCACGCCUUCCCAGAAGAAAUCAUGUCUAAGGAAGGGUGUGUGUCCAUUGUGAUCGUGGCGUCAGAGGAAGAUCCAAGCCAGGAAGGCAGGCUUGAAGCAAACUGCAUUAUCAAGAGUACCUUGGUGAGAGGAUCAGUGUAAAUCCUAAUAGGUACAAAGACGUUUGUGUUUUUGCUUUGUCAUGGAUUGAUUGAAAUACCUUUUCCUUCUGCUUCCAUUUUAGCAUUUUGUUUGACUUUCAUUUUUGAAGCCCCCUUUAAAUCAUGGUUUUCUCCUUUUUCUUGUGUCUGUGCCCACCCUUCCAACCCCAUCCCUUCUUCCUGUUAAGCCCCACCCCAAGCAUCAGAAAUAGCAGAGGGGAAAAUAAGAGUUUCUGAUUUGGUGUUAUGAGAUCUUGUUAUCAACAAGUUGAAAUCAUUCACGAAACACUAGACAGCACAAAUCAAACACUAAAUUAUACCAUAAAAAUUGCUCACUUUUCAAACACUGAGCUUUAGUACAAUCAUGGGUAAACAUCUGGUGAUUAUUUAGGGGCUUCUUUAAACACACCACAUAAUAGCUUCUUUUUCAGUAAAAAAAAGAGUGCCUCUUUCACAAAACCAAAUGCUUGCCUGCCAGUAUACUUUUCAAAGGGACUCCACUGUUUUUAUAUCUUGUCCCUAUCUAUCGCUUUCCUUCUCAGAUUUCUUCAGCAAGCAUUUUUGAGGCCUGUGGUGUAGGAGACCCCAUUUUGCAAUUCCAUGUUAGAGCAUUUCUGUCCACUUACCACAUGUUUUGAAUGUGCUAUUUGGUCUUCAUAUCUGUGUUCAUGCAGAUAUAGGAAUGAAUAAUUCUGAGUUUGAAAUCUCUCCUGGAAGACAAACUACAUCAGUGGGUGAAAACUUUGACAUCUUUUUAUUCAUGAAGGAGAUUGCUUGAUACGGAAAAGUAUUGUCUCCAUUUUUCCAUUUGAAAACAUGUUAACUCUUUGAGAAUCUUGGAGAGGACUUUCCUGUCUCUUUUUUUCCCCCUUUCUUUUUAUGACCACUUGUUUCUUAUGCCGAUCACUUGGGGAAAAGUAAUCUUAUCUCUUGUUUUAGAGUUUUGCUUGUCUAUUUAGCAUUCCUUUUGAGUCUCAAAAUUUAUGGAACAAUAAAUGUCAUUUAAUGCUG